AAACAACCUGUACGUGUACAGUACACACACUCACCAUUCCACAAAUAGGAAAACCCAAUCCACAAACGCACAGAGAGAUACGCGUAUUAUAUCAAAGUUUAUUUGAAUAUUUACAGAGAUUGAUGAGAGAGAGAGAGAGACUGAAUCCAAAUCUUCAUAUUCUCCAUAUUUUCCUCUCUCUCUCUCUCUGUCUCCAAAUCUCCCUGUAUUGUUGUUGCAUUGAUCAUUCAAUUCAAUUGAAUUCAAAACCCAAUACGCCAAAAUCAUGCCAAAAUCCAUCAGUUUUCGAUCCCUAUUCAACAGGAAGAAGAAACGCAACGUCUCUCUCUCCACCACCCCUUCCCUGGAUCCAUCUCCGGCCAUCUCUCGCUCUUCUUCCCGCAACUCUGGCGCCCACAUCGAGGAAGAACUCAAGCAAGUCUUCAACAAAUUCGACGUCAAUGGUGACGGCAAGAUCUCCUCCUCCGAGCUCGGAUCCAUCCUCUCCAGCCUCGGCUACUCCGCCACCGAUGACGAACUCCAGACCAUGAUCCGAGAGGUCGAUUCUGAUGGCGAUGGAGUCAUAGAUUUGGACGAGUUCAUCGAGCUCAACACCAAGGAUAUCGAUUCCAAUGAGGUUUUGGAGAAUCUGAAAGAGGCGUUUUCUGUGUUUGAUAUUGAUAAAAAUGGUUCCAUCUCUGCUGAUGAGCUUCAGAAUGUGCUGAGUAGCAUCGGCGAGGAUUGUUCGAUUGCGGAAUGUAAGAAGAUGAUCGCUGGCGUCGAUUGUGAUGGGGAUGGGAUGAUCAAUUUUGAGGAAUUCAAGGUCAUGAUGAGCAAGGGAUUGCGAUUUGAUGCAACAAAACCGGAAUGACGACAACAACGACAACACACGGAUUAGGAGUUCAUGGUUUCAUUGAUUACCUAACUUUUUUUUUUAUUUUUUUUUUCAUAUAUAAUUUUUUUUGAAAGGUGAAUUUUCUCUGCCUUUCUUUUUCCUUUUCUUUUUUCAUUUUCUUGUUGAUGGGUUUCUCGGGAAACAAAAGCGGGAAUGCACGGAUUUUGGAAAAUUGUGAAUAUAUGAAUGUCUCUCCAUUUUGUUUCUUUAUGAAAUCCAAUAGAGUUUCUAUUUAGGCUGAGUUUUUCUUCCGUCCGUGGUCGAAUUAGACGGUACUGUUAGAUUCGUAAGAUAUAUUAUGAGUUUUGUUUUAAUAAUCUGGGCUGUUCAAUAUGUAAAACUUAUUAUAUAUUUAUCAAAAGUAACUUUGAUCGGA